CCGAACCAUGGAGCUUAGAGUGGGGAACAAAUACCGGCUGGGCAGAAAGAUUGGCAGCGGCUCCUUUGGGGACAUUUACCUAGGAGCCAAUAUUGCAACUGGUGAAGAGGUGGCCAUCAAACUGGAAUGUGUCAAAACCAAGCAUCCUCAGCUCCACAUUGAAAGCAAGUUCUACAAGAUGAUGCAAGGAGGAGUGGGUAUCCCCUCCAUUAAGUGGUGUGGAGCAGAGGGGGACUAUAACGUGAUGGUGAUGGAGCUCUUGGGGCCCAGCCUGGAAGAUCUCUUCAACUUCUGUUCCCGCAAAUUUAGUCUCAAGACAGUUCUGCUCCUGGCAGACCAGAUGAUCAGCCGUAUUGAGUACAUUCAUUCCAAGAACUUCAUCCAUCGGGAUGUGAAGCCAGACAACUUCCUUAUGGGCCUCGGCAAAAAAGGCAACCUAGUAUACAUCAUUGAUUUUGGUUUGGCCAAGAAGUACCGAGAUGCCCGGACCCACCAGCACAUCCCUUACCGGGAAAACAAGAAUCUGACUGGCACAGCCCGUUACGCCUCUAUCAACACCCACCUGGGAAUUGAACAAAGUCGCCGUGAUGACCUGGAGAGCCUGGGCUAUGUGCUCAUGUAUUUCAACCUGGGCUCCCUGCCCUGGCAGGGCCUCAAGGCUGCCACCAAGCGCCAAAAGUACGAGAGGAUCAGCGAGAAAAAGAUGUCAACGCCCAUUGAGGUGCUCUGCAAAGGGUACCCUUCUGAGUUCUCGACAUACCUCAACUUCUGCCGUUCACUGAGGUUUGAUGAUAAACCUGACUAUUCAUACCUGCGACAGCUCUUCCGCAACCUCUUCCACCGCCAAGGCUUCUCCUACGACUAUGUCUUUGACUGGAACAUGCUUAAAUUUGGAGCAGCCCGGAACCCUGAGGACAUGGAUCGGGAGCGGCGAGAGCACGAGCGCGAAGAGAGAAUGGGGCAACUCCGGGGGUCAGCCACACGAGCGCUGCCUCCUGGCCCACCUGCCGGAGCCACUGCCAAUCGUCUUCGCAAUGUCACUGAGCCUAUGGCCUCCACCCCCACUUCCCGAAUCCAGCAGUCCGGUAACACAUCCCCCAGAGCGAUCUCAAGAGUGGACAGGGAGCGGAAGGUCAGCAUGAGGUUACACCGAGGAGCUCCUGCCAACGUCUCUUCAUCUGACCUCACAGGGCGGCAAGAAGUGUCACGGAUUUCAGCAUCACAGACAAGUGUGCCAUUUGAUCACCUUGGGAAGUGAGGAGCAAUUGCCACUGGACCAGUGUUUGCUUAGUGUCUUCACUGUAUUUUUCUUUUAAAAAACAAAAACCCAAAAAACAAACAAAAAAAUUAAAAA